UCGGUGUCUCAGAACACACACACAUUCCUACAGUACUUGAAUGCUGUCAACGUCACAACGCGCGAGUCCAAGGUCGACGACUUCGCUCAUUUUGCUCUCACCGUUUGCGGCUUCAAGGAACACGACUCACUCAUACAUGAAAGACACUGGAUUUCUCUGUGGAUCUGUGGUGAGGAGAAAUCUGCAGAAGCAAAUGUCUGCAUGGUGGAUCCAGACACAAAGAUGAUCCAGGUGAUCAAAGAAAACAAAGCGGCGCGGAAUAUCCAAAGUCCUGAGCCACAGGUGAUUGCAGAGGCCAUCUCUGCAUUCCAGCACAACAACCACAUUCGACAAUCCAUGGGCCUCCCUGCACUUGCCCAGAUGACCUUACUCCGCAUCACAAUGGUGGGAACGCACCCUGCCUUCUACCUCGUCCCCGUCACGAAUGUGCUGAAUAACGCCGUCCUCAAUGGAACAUACCCGCUGUCUCGAACAAGGGUGCAAAGAUGCAGAUGCGAAGUCGUUGGCGUCAACGGUGGUGUGGAGAACCCGGCAUAUAGGACUCAUGCCCUACAAUAUUAUGUCGCGUUCAGGGUCCUGGCCAAGAGAUGUUUUCCGUUUAAUACCCCUUAUGCAUCAUGUUUCGUGUCGCCUUUGAUUGUAAAAGAAGUGAUACCCUAUCCUGUAUUCCAAAUUUUCACGCACAACGACAUGUAA